AUGGCCGAACCCCACAUCAUCCUCGAAACCCACCUCUACUCCCUGCCCCCCAACGGCGCUCCCCCUUGGAUCAGGAGCUUCCACCUCCGCCUCUGCCCGACCGCCGCCACCAAGGCCGACAUCCUCACCCUCGUCCGCAACUCCGUCGUCCGCAUAGGCCGCGCCGACCCAGUCGUGGAAGCGCAGGUGACGCUCUUCUUCACGCGCAACGGCCACCAACCUCGGCACCAACACCGUCGCCGUCCCGAUCUACCAGCCUCCUCAGCUGAUCAACUACUCCGUAUGAUGGGUAUGGGAGGUGGACAGCAGCAGCAGCAGAUCAUUGUCGGCGGUCAGAUUGGCUUUAUCAACGUCAAUGUUCCAACUGUCAAUGUAUCUGGUGGCCGUCCGGUUGUGUCUGACGUCGUCAGGGAGGCUCGGCUCGAUGGAAUCGCGGAGGCAGCUUUGGGUGGAAUGUUGGAGUGGGUUGGAGGACCGAAUGGUCUGAAGCUGAUUGUCAUCGUGGAUGUAGACGGACGGGAUGUUCUUCCUGCGGUUAUCACCCUGCCGGAGGCACCUGCUGUGGCCACGCCUCCGGCAGCUCCCGCUACUUCGCCUCCUGUUGCAGAAGAUGCCCCCGCCGAGCCUGCGGCCGAGUAA